UGAGUGCUGUAUCAAUGAACGAGGGGAUACGUAUGUUUAUUCCCAUGCAAUUUCCGAUUUGAUCCGAAUAAUUUUGCGCAAUCUUCGAGCAACGAAACUGCGAAGUGUACAACAUGGGGAAGGCCAGGUUUAACAACAAUCCAAGCCAGCGAUCUGACGUGUCAGUCACAUGGCUGCAGGCCGUACACCACUUCGCAGUAUUUUCCCUCUACUCGUUUGGAACCGUUUACGAUGCGACGCAGACUUUUCCUGUGUACAUGAAGAGCAAGUACGUGAACCCAAAGAUUUCUGCCAUGAGCAAUGGAUCGGUACUGAAACACAAAUCGUUGCAUCUCACAUCGUGGUGUGCGGUUUUUCAGUUGACGUAUUUCUUCAUAUGCUGCGUCAGCGAUCUAGUCGCCAGCUCAGGAGCUCACAGUCCGUUAACUCGGAAGAUUGCAGCAUUCAGGGAUUGGUUCUUGGCUGCAGUAGCAUUCCCAAUAGGAACUCUUGUGGUGACAGUGUUUUGGGGACUCUGGGCGAUAGACCGAGAGCUGAUAUUCCCAAAAAUACUUGACGAGUUCUUUCCAGCUUGGCUCAAUCAUGUCAUGCAUACAACAGUGCUACCAAUUCUGCUCCUUGAUAUGUUCCUGGUCAGACACCGAUACCCCUCCAAGCUGACUGGAAUACUUGGUCUAGCUGUCGUAGCCCUGUCGUAUCUCUCAUGGAUUUUGUGGCUUGGUUUUGUAGCCGACAUCUGGGUCUAUCCUUUCCUGAAAGUCAUGGAAGGUCCAGUCUUUGUUGGUUUUAUCCUCACAACAUCUGUUCUUCUUCUCGGGAUGUACCUUGUUGGUGAAAAGGUCUCCAAAGUUUUCUGGCGUGGCCACACAGACUACGACUUUGAGAUGGCAAAGUUAGAUUAAUGGAUGGCAUUCCUAGACUGUUCUAAAACACUCCAGUCAUUCAUCAAAAAUGAGCCGGUCUUCAUCAACCGUCAUAUGACGGGCUGUCGACCAAUAGGAAUGGGUAAAGUGUCUUUGGUAUUUAUGAAUAUAAUUUAAUAGUUAUAAGCAUUGCAAAGUGUAUACACAAAAAAAUCAUGAAAAGAGAUUAUUGUCAAACACACUUUAACAUUGUAAACAACACUUUUCCAGGGAACAAUCAACCAAGAAAAUCAAUGAAGCCAUAAAUAUAUUGUGCUAAAGUCUUUUAUAAUUUUAUUUGCGGUUUGUGAAGAUGAAGAUAUUUUGUGUGGAAAAUAUAGAAAAUUUGAGGUGAAAAUAUGUUGUUGUUUUUUUACAAUUUGUAUUUUGUAAAUUUAAGUUUGCGGGUGAGAUUUUGCUUAGUACAUUUAGUUCUGUGCUUGAUGUAGACAUAGUUAACACGCACACAGCAAUCACUCUUUGGUAAAUAGUGAAGUACAUGUAGUAAGCAUUGUGGUGAUAUCCUGAAUGCCUUGGAGAUGGUCAAGAUAUAAUGCUUGAAACGUUGAACAAUUUAGGGUUCCGUAAGACCACAGAUCAUGUAGCUUGUCAGUUAAGAGGAAUAAAUCAUGCCAGAAAUUGCGACAGUGGCCAGUUAUCAUUUAAAAAUAUAUAUAUUUAAAUCCAGUUUUUAAAUUAUUUCAUUAAAAUCUAUUGAAAGAAUAUGUAAUAUUGACUAAGUGUCUGGAAUUCAAACGAUUAUUUUAUUUCCUAAAACAUUAAAUUAUGAGCUUUGUUUGGUAUUAGCAAUAAAGUCUUAGGUUAAUUUGUGCCUGUCUACAGGGCGAGUCAAAAAAAAAAA